AUGGCUUCGACAACAUCUGGACUCUUUUCUUUUUCUCAAACAGAACCAUCAGCGGACCUCUUGACAGGUUCGUCGUGGGCUACGACAGCAGAAGGACCACAGAACUUUCAAGAUUUCUCAGACAAUGGAUCUGCCCAUUCCGGAGAAGCCGAGGAGUUCAUUUUCACAUCUGGCCAGACUACCCCCCGAGGAAGCCGGGUUCACUCCCAAGGACACCAGGACAUUCAGACCAACUGGACUGCAUCCAGGACUGCUCCCGUUACCCAAGGUGGACAAGCGAUGUCCAGGGUUAACUCGAACAGAUCCAACGGCUCUGCGCUGUCACAAUCAUCACACUUGUCCAACAUGGACUUCACAGGUAAUGCUUCCGCUUUCCAGACUGGAACCCAGACCGGUGCUGCCAUGGUGGGAAUUGAUACUUGCCUCCUGGACACCGAUGCCGAUGGCAUCACGACCCAGAUCUACUGGCCUGGAUACUCCCUCGACACUGGACUGAACGGCGAUGCCACCUUUUCCCUGCCGGAUUCCAGCCCCCUCCACGUGGUCCCAGCCCACAUGCAGCUUGGCCCUGACAACAGCCUUGCCGAGAACUCUCCCCCUAGCCCCUGGGACUGCUUUUCCAGCUCCAUCUCCCGAUCUUCCUCUCCCAACACCAUUGAGGACAUAUCGGUUUCUCACAUCGUCGAUUCGUUUAGCCUUGACCGGAACCUUCCCCUGAUCUCCGAGGAUGCCAAUGGAAAGGUGAUGCCUCAGCUUGAUGACACCCUUGCCCUGCCUGCUCCUUUUGCCGGACCCCGACGACAGAACAGUGAUGGUGAGUCCGCCAGGGACCACGAUCUUUACAAGAAGGCCGCUCCCCAUGAUGAUGGACUCUACCACUGCCCCUGGGAGGGACAGCCCAGCUGCAACCACAAGGCCGAGAAGCUCAAGUGCAACUAUGACAAAUUCGUCGACUCCCACCUGAAGCCCUACCGCUGCAAGGCCGAGUCGUGCGAGGGCGCCCGCUUCUCGUCAACUGCGUGCCUCCUCCGCCAUGAGCGUGAGGCUCACGGACUCCAUGGCCAUGGUGACAAGCCUUUCCUUUGCGUCUACGAGGGAUGUGAGCGUGCCGUGCCCGGAAAUGGAUUCCCCCGCCAGUGGAACCUCCGAGACCACAUGAAGCGUGUCCACAACGACCACGGAAGCUCCAGUGGCUCGCCCACCAACGGAUCCGCCCAGCCUUCCAAGGGACGUAAGCGCAAGACUGAAGUGACCGAGACUCAGACCGCCCCCAGCCGCAAGGCGGCCGUCAAGGCCAUGCCCGUUCCCCAGGAGCCCAAGGAGUCGUCGACCCAGCCCCUUCUUGACCAGUGGAUGGAGCACCGUAAGGCCGUGGAGAACCUCUUCCAGACCCUUGUCAAGCCCGAGGAUUCCCAGAACGAACAGCACAUCGUCACCAUGAAGGAUCGCCUCACUUCCAUGAUCAAGCUCACCAAGCACAUCAACUCGCUAACCAGACGGACCCAGAUAAGCGAAACUUGUCUGCUACCAGGAUUUAUCAACAUUUGA